AUGGUCAGUUUCUUUGGAGUCACAGGCAAGGCCCUGUCGAUUGCUCAGAUCGCGCUGGUGGUUGCACCAUCGUUCAUUCUGUUCGGUUACAAUCAGUCUGGUCUUGGUCCGUUGCUCUCUGAAGACAACUGGAGACAUCAAUUCCCUCUCAUCAACACGGUCGACUACAAAGGCGAGGUCAAGGCCCAUCACGCAACUCUCCAGGGUCUCGUUAUCGCAACAUUCACACUUGGUGCGCUGAUCGGCGCAUUGAGCUGUAGUUACACUGGUACUCUCCUCGGAAGACGAUGGGUUAUCUUCAUCGGUGCUCUCUGUACACUUAUUGGAGAGGCCAUCGAGUGUUCUGCCUUCGAACUCGGUCAGCUCAUUGUUGGCCGUGUCAUUAUCGGUCUUGGUGUCGGACAACUUUCUGCUACCGUCCCUGUUUGGCAAUCGGAAUGUUCGUCUGCCAAGAACCGUGGAAAGCACGUUGUCCUUGACGGUAUGUUCAUUUCGUUCGGUUAUACGCUCGAAUCCUGGAUCGAUUUUGGUUUCUACACGCUCAAGACUGGAUCCGUCACCUGGCGUCCUCCGAUCGCUAUUGCUUUACUCUUCUCGCUCAUCGUUCUCUUCUCGAUCUUCUUGUUCCCCGAGUCUCCUCGUUGGCUUCUUGCACAGAACCGUGGUUCGGAAGCUCGUGAAAAUUUGGCUGCUCUCAAGGGCCUGCCGGUCGACUCCCCAGAGAUCGAAGCAGAGUGUGUCGGUAUCGAACUCUCUCUUGAAGAUUCGUCCAACAAGGCAGCUUCAUUCAAGGACCUGUUCAGCAUGGGCGAAGACAAGCUCGCUUACCGUUUCGGUCUCUGUAUCCUGCUUCAAUUCUUUCAGCAGAUGUCCGGAACCAACCUCAUCUCUGUCUAUGCUUCCACCAUUUUCCAGCAGGGUCUCGGCAUGAGCAGCUACAAUUCUAAGCUAUUGUCUGCCGGUACUCUGACCUGGAAGUUCCUGUCAUGUUUCGUUGCCUUCUUCUGCAUCGAUCGUUUCGGCCGUCGCGUCUGUUUCAUGGUCUCCGGUGGUGGCAUGGCUUUGUGCAUGGUCGCUCUCGCUGUCGCAACAUCUUUCCCUCACGACAACUACGGCGCAUCCGUCGCAGCCGCCUUCUUCGUCUACCUUUUCUGCUUCUUCACUCCCAUCGGUUUCCUCGGUGCCAACUUCCUGUACUGUACCGAGGUCGCACCCAUCAGACUGCGUGUCGCCAUGGCAUCUAUCUCCACUGCCAACCAUUGGCUGUGGAACUUUGCAGUGGCCAUGAUCACUCCAGUAGCCAUCAACAACAUUGGCUACAAGUACUACAUUGUCUACGCUUGCAUCGGUGCAUGCAUUCCCGUCACUGUUUACUUCCUUUAUCCCGAAACCAAGGGACGCUCGCUGGAAGAGCUCGACACCAUCUUCAAAGACAGCCCUUCAGUAUUGGGCACUGUCAAGUACGCCAAGUACAAGCCCAUGAUGGCUCCCGAGGAGGUGCCUUACAGCAAGACAGACGAUGUCAACUUCCAGGAGAAGGUUUGA